UAGAAAUAUUUAAUAUUGUUUAAUCUGUUCGAUUAGUGUGUAAUGGUGUACUUUCCUGUGUAAUUAUGUGCCUUAAACUGUAACAUUCUCCGUGCGUCGUACGUGGAAGUAAUAAAGGUGUAAAUCUGCGUAUGAGUCACUUGUGAAAAUGCGUUGCGUCGGUUUUGUGUUGGUCCUCACUUUCUUCGUACUUUCUGAAAUCUCAACAGCAUGGAGAGCGGACGUAGUGAAACUAUGGGCAACAGACUUGGGCGAAGAUUUAUGGAAAUUAAGCGAGUCGCUUACAAAGUCAGAUCAAAUACGAAUAAAAUACAAGCAAAUGAAUGCGAGCGUCAAGAAGAAAGAUGGUAAACAAAUAUUGGAAUCUUCCCUAAGAUCUGUCAGUACGAUGUUAACAAGAAAAAUAAACGCAGUUAAGUGCAUACAUCGGACAGCGGAGAGACUCGCCCGUGAAUUUAAUUAUUCAUUAGUGAAUGAGCACUACAUGUUCAAAUAUUGUUCAGCCAAGUAUUCCGAGUUCUACAAGGAGGGCGAGACUGAACCAAUCGUGCCCAGUCAAAUACCGAUCUUCGCUGAAAACAAGACUCAUUAUAUGAAGAUAUCUUUAGAAAAAGAUUCCCAUUUUUAUGAUAUAAAUGUUAAUACAAAUUUGAGCUGUAUACAUGUUCCUACAAAUAUAUAUUUUAAAGAACAUGAAGCACUUAAAGCUAUUUUAUGGUCAAAAGAUUUAAAUGAUAUUUUUAUAAACAAUUACAAAUCGGACCCGUCAUUGUCGUGGCAAUAUUUUGGUAGUUCUAGCGGUAUAAUGCGCUUCUAUCCCGGAAUGCCAUGGAAUAUGGAGAAAAUCGAUACAUACGAUUGCCGGGUACAAUCUUGGUACAUUGAAGCGGCAACAUGCUCAAAGGAUGUUAUCAUUCUAUUCGAUGUCUCGGGUUCAAUGACCGGAUUCAAGAACUAUGUAGCUAGAAGCACACUCAAAUCAUUAUUAGAUACACUCUCAAACAACGAUUAUGUUAAUGUUUUUACAUUUAAGAAAGAUGUAUCACAAGUUGUUAAAUGUUUUGACGGGCUCGUCCAGGCUACGUUAGAGAAUAAAAAAACAAUUACCAACACUUUAGAGCCGAUAGAAGGCGAGAAGAAGCAUAAUGUUCCUUUAGAAGGUAAUGCCAACCUUACAAUGGCUUAUAUCACAGCGUUUACUACAUUGAAAGAGAGACGUCAGCACUGCAACGUGACAAGCACACAAGGUUGUAACCAGCUGGUGAUGGUUAUCACGGACUACGUUCCCGGUAACCUUACGGAGGUCUUCGAGGAGCACAACAGGGAAACGGUAGACGGGAAAACGUACAUCCCAGUACGCGUGUUCACAUACUUGAUCGGAAAAGAGGUCACUAACGUACGUGAGAUACAAUGGAUGGCCUGCUUGAAUAGAGGAUACUUCGUGCACAUUCAUUCAGUGGAGGAGGUACAGCAGCAAGUGCUGAAGUAUAUCAACGUGAUCGCGCGCCCAAUGAUCUUGGAGGGGAGGGAGCCGCCCCCCACUUGGACCCACGCUGCCAUAGAUUACACGAGAACUACUGAAUGGAACGUGAGCAUUGACGCAAAGAAGCCUGACGAAGACAAGCUGGUGACGUCAGUGGCGAUCCCGGCUUUUGACUACAAGUAUAACGAAGACCACAACGACGCCCGCCUGCUGGGAGUGGCAGGGACAGAUGUGCCAAUCGAUAGCAUCGCAAAGCUGGCGCAGCCCCAUCAGCUCGGCGUCAACGGAUAUUCGUUUAUCGUGAGCAAUAACGGAUAUCUUCUCCUGCAUCCUCUGUUAAUUACAUCGAUAAACGGUAACCUGCAAACAAACUACAACAGCGUGGAUUUCGUGGAGGUGGAACAGGUUGAUGACGGUAAGGGCCCGCGCGAGCUCGGCGACGAGAUAAAGUCACUCAGGGAACACCUCGUGAAUGGCGAUGAGGGGAAACAGACCGAGGUUAAGGUCCUCUUCCAUUACGACAACAUGAGGAGGAUAGCUCGCGUGAAGCACGACUACUUCUUCAACAAGCUGGUGGGCACGCCGUUCUCUAUGGGCAUCUCGCUGCCCGGAGGCUACGGCGACACUGAGCUGCUGCUCAAGGACAACCCACUGGAGGCCAAGCAGGGCCUUGAAGUCACCGGCAUUAAUGUUACCAGCUACUUUAAUUUUAGUUACCGAGUACACCCCGAUUGGGUUUAUUGUAAAUAUCAUUACCUAGAGGGACACGAGUCAGAAAACUCGGAGAUCGAGAUGUACAAAUUCUUAGUCAACAUUUCAAAGAACGAGCUUAACAUUACGAAGAAACAAUACCGCGAAGACACUGAGAGCAGCAACUUCGAUUUUGAAAAGCACUGCGGAGAUGAAAGAGAACAAUUAGGUAAAGACGACUACUACUGCAAUGAAGAUUUGGUAAAACAAUUGGUGUUCGACGCGAAGCUGACCACCCCGUACUUCGCCACGUGGCACGCGACGAGCGAGGAACGUAAGCUGGCCAACGAAUACAAAGUCAACGUGCGCUUUAUAGCGACAUCCAGUGGCCUUACGCGGUGGCACUACAUUAAUGAUGAUUCUAAAAACGAGAAGGUCACAGAACAAGGAGAAAAGAGCAGAACAUUUGACGGCCAAGUAUUCGGUGACCUUUACCCGAAAGCUAUUGAAGAGACGUGGUACAAAGCGGCCGUACUCCAGCACUUGAUCAACGCAGAGUCGCUAGUAGUAGCUACCAACUUGCCAGUUCUCGAUAAGACAAUUAUCAACAAACCGAAAGUUGCCAACAGCGACGGCGAUAUCACGAUCACCGCGAGCUACGCCAUAUUUUACAAGGACGGUAAUUCGGAAACACCAGCCUCUGUUGUUGGAAUCCAGUUCGUUUAUUCUGGAUUCUACAAGAAGUUCCUGGAAAUCACCAACACAACGAGCGAGUUCUCAUGCACUGACCAGAAGUAUGACUGUUACGUUAUAGAUAGUUCAGGUUACGUUGUGUUAGCCCAUGACAAGGACGAUGUCGGCAGGUUCUUCGGCGCUAUACAUCCUCAUGUGCUGCAGUCGUUUAUUGAGAAGAACAUAUACGAGCAUGUCGACGUCUUCAACUACCAAGCCCUGUGCCCGCUCUCUGCUUUGCCAGAUUUACCGAGUAACGCUUGGAUAUUUAGUACGCCCUUCAACUCGAUUACAAAUUUCAUGAGAUGGUUGACAGCAGAAUUAUUUUUGAUACUAUUUGACGUUGUAAAUUGGGAGCGUAAUGUGUAUGUUGCUGGGCAAGAUGAAGGUACAACGAUUCCGCCAGUCGAAGACGAAAUAGAGGGAAGUAAAAACAAAGACGAUGAUAGUCUUUUCUCCUGUGAUCAUCGCAUUAGUCUGUACAUUCUGAACCAAAGUUACUUCUUGGAUUCCAUUGGUCCAUCACCAGCUGUGGUGGAGGACGAAGAGGGGGAGUGUCAUCCACCGUAUUGGGCCGCAUUGGUUACGAAGACCAACUUACUCCUUGUGGUCGUGGAGCGAGGACCCUGGCAUUUUACGGACUCCUGUGAAAAGCCCCCCGACACGGAACCAGUGGCGACCUCUAACUCCACCACCAAUUGGGCUCCAUGUCACAAACUGGAACUGGGUCAAUUGCCAAGGCGACGGCUCGAAGAUUGUUUCACGUACCAUGAUAAGGAAAGGAACAUAACAGCAUGCGGAAUAGGUAGCAUAAUCCGCGCAGAUCCGCCGGCCUUUCUCCUGUCUGCUACGAUGGCGUUCUUCAUCACGGCAAUGCUACUACGAUAAAAUUAGAUCCAUAUGUAGCGCAUUUUUAACUUUCUUAUUUUCGAAAUAAAAGCUAUUUACCCUUACCCCGCGUUGUGAUUUUCCAUUGUUAAUACCCUUGCA